CCUGCAGUCAGACACAGACUACGGUAUGAGAGCCCUCGUUUGGUGAGGGAGGUCUUUUGUUAGUGAUCACAGUUUACUUUGGAGUUGCCAAGCAGGACCAAGUCGGAAUUCCACUCGCCUUUCAACUCCGACCAUAGUGGACCUCAGCAAAGUCUGCAAAAAGAUGGAAAACAACUUUCUAAAAUGGAUCCUAGCCUUUUGCAUGUUCUGCACCGUGUCAGGUGAAGGAUGCUCUCUGGAGCUGAAACCCUCCAGGGUGGUGGUGGGGUUUGGGGAGCCUGUGUCUGUCAGCUGUGAGGCCUCUCGCCCGGUGCGUGUCCUAGGCUGGGAGUCAGCCAUCGGAGCAGCACACACCCAACAGGACCGUGCUGUCCAAUGGAAGGUGGACAGUCUGAUCGACUGGAUCGAGGAGCCUAUCUGCUAUGGAGUCUUCUUCACUGCACCCAGACAGUGUGAGGAGAAACUCAACCUCAUUCUUUACAAGACUCCAGACAGUGUCACCAUCAGCUCAGCGAACCACACUGGUCCCAUGUUGGAGGGGAAAGAGUACCAGCUGCUCUGUGAUGUCCAGAACAUCGCCCCCGUUCAAUACCUCACCCUGAGGUGGUACAGAGGGCAGACUGAAGUUUACAACCACUCUUUCUCUGAUCUGACCCCUGCCUCCCCUGUCCAAGUAUCCUCCAUCCUCCUGAUCACCCCAACCAAAGCUGAUAACGGAGCCCAGUACAAGUGUGUGGCUCAGCUGGACCUGGGACCAGAGGGACCACAACCGCCUCCUUCAGUGACAUCAGAGCCUCUCAACGUCUCUGUGCAAUACCCGCCAUCCUUCCUCAGUCCUGAGGCUGAGACCCUGGACAUCGGUGUGGGGGAUGAAAUCUCAUUAAACUGCACGGCUACAGGAAGCCCCAGUCCUGUGUACAGCUGGCAGUCUUCAGAUCCCAAAGAGAAGAUGGAGGACCAACCUGUUUUUACCUCUUCCUCCUUGCUUCCAGGGACCUACACCUGCAUUUCCUCUAAUAAGAUUGGCAAGAAGAGUAAGCAGUUCAUCAUCAAGACUAAGUCUUAAGGUACAAAGGUCCACAUCGGAGGUAUGUGACUUUUCCCACAGUGGAGUGUUGGCUUUACAAAACAAAAGUCCGGGUUUGGGGGAUUAGCAGAGCGAAUAUAAUAUCAAUAUCAAUUCUCUAAUAUCAAUUGCACGGUUUUGUUACAGGUGUGAGAAUGUCAUCAUUGUCAGCCAGACCAUCGCACAGAAAAAAAGGAAUCGCCUUACAUUUUUAAAGACUUUGGUCAUGUAAUAGUUUAUAGUAGCAUAUUAUUGUGUUAUGAUUGAUUCUUGUUGUUAUUGCAACAUAACGUAUACUUUUAUGUGUUUAAAUAUAUAUGUAGGGUAUACAGUUCACUUUCAGUGUGGAGAACCCUAGAACGCGAGGUAAUGUGAAUAAUUAUAUUCAUUAAUAAGCUAUCCAUUAACUUUAUUUUGGAAAUCUACGUUGUUGUUUAUGUUCUUUCUUUUUUUACAUGCAUAAAAUCACUAAUACAAUGACAAAUGUAUAUUUA